AUGAAAAGCAACCACAAAAACAACAACAACAUUUCUUUAUUUUCUGAUUAUUAUGAUAUUUAUUAUGAUGAAAAUAAUAAUAUUGAGAAUGAAAGUUUACAAAAUUUGAUCAAUUCUGAAUUUAUUAAUAUAGAAAAUAUUGAAGUUAUUGGAAAAUUUGAACAAAUUAUGCUUUUGUGUUAUUUUAUUCCGUUAUUCUUUAUUGGAUUAUUUGGUAAUAUUUGGUUAAUUGGAUCAAUUCUAAAAUUAAUUUUUAAACAUUAUAUUCCUGCAAUUAUGUUGAGGCAAAUGUCAAUUUAUAUUUUAAUGCUUGCUUUUGUUGAUUUAAUGGUGAUUUUAACUAUACCUCUACAUCUUCCUUAUAUGAUUACUGGCCAAUGGAACUUGGGAAUUUUUUGUUGUAAAUUGUUGGUAGCUGUUGAAAAUAUUAAUAAAUUAUUUUCUGUGAUGGUGAGAUUGUAUAUCUAUUUUUUAAUUUUUUAUGAGAGAUUUUACGGGUAAAUUUUUCGGUUUUGGCCUGCAAUGCCUAAUCUUAAAAAUUUUAAGGCGUUAUUAGUUUGAUUUAGUUGUAUGUUGGCAAGAGCUAUUUGUGGUGUAGUGGUAAUAUUCUUGAAUUGCCCCACUUUCCAUGAAGGUUCGACUCCUAUGGUUUUGCA